AUGAAGAACAACUUCAAUUCCAAAGAAGUAGUAGCGUCGCACUUAUUAAAGGCCAUUUUACCUUUUCAAUGGGUUUAUGCCUGCUGUGGCCUAGCAUUACCACCCACUUUAAUGCAAGCUACCUACAAAGACAAAUCAAAUAAAUUUGCUUUGGUAAUCCUAUGGAUUUUCUUCAUAUUGUACUCUGUAAUGGUAUUUACCAUCAUCUGUUAUAUGGUACACUACAACAAUGUAUCUACGGAUAUUAUGGUAAAUCUUUAUGGUUUGGAUUGCGUUACCCGUACCUUGGCUAUAAUACAAAAUUCGGGAGUGCCUCUUGUACAGCUGGCAAUUGUUCUAUCAACCUUAGCACAGCGUCAGCGUUUGAUAAAUAUUUACAGCACUAUUAACCAACUGGAACAGGAUAUUUUGUUGUUUCUGAAGAAUAACGAAUACGUUACAACUUGGAUGCAGUUCUCCCAGCGAUGUUCUGGCUUUGGUCGUCAUAUAUUUUAUCGUUGUGCCCUGUGCGAUAUGGUGUAUUUCUUUGCACUUUUUUAUACCAAAUAUCCUGUAAUUUGGAAAGUCCUGCCCUACAGGGAUCAGUAUUUGACAUUGAUUAGCUUUCAUUUAAUGCUUGUGAAAUUCGCCGCCUUUCGUGUAAUGAUGUAUGUUAUGUAUGAGUUCAUUAAUGUUAUGGAACAAUCGCUAGGGGAUAUAAAGAAUGAAAAUAUACUGCGAAGAAACUUCCUGGCAACUGGGGAAGGAAAAUCGAGUUGUUACAAAAAGCUGUUACAACAUCAAAUCCUUUUGUGUCGUGUCUGGAGCUUGGCUCAUGAAAUUGAGAAUUACUUUUCCUUGCCAAUGUUGGUGUUAUUCUUAUAUUAUGGAGCAAAUAUAACACAUGUCAUCAAUUGGAUGUACAUCAAAUCAUUUGUGCAUCGUUUUUGCUACCUGAUACUGCUAUUUGUCAAUAUCUUGUGGACUUGCUGGCUAAGUCAAAUGUGCAUAGAUAAGUAUAAUCGAAUUGAUGCAGUAUUGUCCGGAUUGAAACUCAAUAUCAAUGACAAAGCUUUGAAAAAUCGCCACCGGGAAUAUACCUUGGAGUUCAAGCAUCAAAAGCUAUUAUUCACCUGUUGGGGUUUCUUCGAUUUAAAUCUAAAAUAUUUCGGUUUGAUGGUAUUGGCCAUAAUGACUUAUGUUUUUAUACUCAUACAAUUCAAAUUGCAAACGGAAACGGAAAAGGCUACACGUUUGUAA